AUGAAGGAUUGGGGGCCCGAGUACUUGUCAGGUCGUGAAGGAGUCCAGCUUCUCGGAUUGUUGAGCUUCUACCUAGAACAAGAACAGAGAUUCCAACCUCAAGAAAAGGGGCUGAGCUUGAUUGAGGCUACCCCAGAGAAUGAUAACACUUUGUGUUCAAGAUUGAGAAAUGCCAAAGUAGAAGAUUUGAGGAGUUUAACUAACUUUUUUGGAUCUUGCACUGAAACUUUUGUCCUGGCUGUCAAUAUUUUGGACAGAUUUCUGGCUCUUAUGAAGGUGAAACCUGAACAUUUAUCCUGCAUUAGAGUCUGUUGUUUUUUGCUGGCUGCUAGAAUAGUUGAAGAAGAAUACAAUAUUCCAUCCAUUCAUGAUGUGAUCCGGAUUAGUCAGUGUAAAUGUACUGCUUCUGACAUAAAACGGAUGGAAAAAAUAAUUUCAGAAACAUUGCACUAUGAAUUGGAAGCUACUACUGCCUUAAACUUUUUGCACUUAUACCAUACUAUUGUGUUUUGUCAUAAUUCAGAAAGGAAAGAGAUAUUGAGCCUUGAUAAACUAGAAGCUCAGCUGAAAGCUUGCAACUGCCGACUUGUCUUUUCAAAAGCAAAGCCAUCUGUUUUAGCUUUGUGCCUUCUUAAUUUGGAAGUGGAAACUUUAAAAUCCAUUGAGUUCCUGGAAAUUCUCUUGUUUGUUAAAAAACGUUCCACGAUUAAUGUCACCGAGUUCUUUUAUUGGAAGGAGUUAGUUUCUAAAUGCCUAGCUGAAUAUUCUUCACCAGAGUGUUGCAAACCAGAUCUUAAGAAGUUGGUUUGGAUUGUUUCAAGGUGCACCGCCCAGAACCUCCACAGCAGUUACUACAGUGUUCCGGAGCUGCCAACUCUCCCUGAUGGGGGCUGUUUUGAUGGAAGCGAAAGUGAGGACUCUUGUGAAGAUAUGAGUUGUGGAGAAGAGAGCCUCGGCAGCUCUCCUCCCAGUGAUCAAGAGUGCUCCUUCUUUUUCGACUUCAAAGUGGCACAGACGCUGUGCUUUCCGUCUUAAAGCUCUGAUUGUUUCGUGUCA